CGGACCUUUACAUUGAUGUUAAACGCCUUUAAACCAAAGAAAAAGAUGGUUCAAUAGUUUACGGUAGCGAACACAUGUGAGCAGGUCGAAUUGAAAUCGGUGCGGCUGUGCCACUGGUUCCCUCGCGCGGUUAUAAUGGAGAAUUACCAGAAAGCGCGCACAGCAGAGCAGCCCUGCCCCUGCCCCUUCCCCGGAUUGGCCAGCGACACGCCCGAGGUGAGGGUGAAGGACGGCAGCAAGAUCCGCAACUUGAUGGGCUUCGCCGCGGGCCGCAUGGAGGCCGACGCCUGCCGGCAGAUCUUGUUCUCCGGUGCUGGUAAGAGUGUCGCAAAGGCUAUCACGUGUACCGAGAUCCUAAAGCGACGCGUGCGUGGCCUACAUCAGUACACCCAGCUGCUGUACCGCACCGUUCAGGAGGUGUGGGAGCCCCUGGAGCCCGACGCAGGCCUGGAUAGCCUCACUGUCAGCAGAAACGUGCCUGCCAUUUGGGUACUGCUUUCCAAGGACCCCCUUGACUCCACCCGGCCUGGGUACCAGGCACCCGGGUCCUUUGACACCCUGUGGGCACAGGCGGCCAGAGAGGAGGAGGCCGGCCUGGGGCGGAGGAGGAAGAGAGCUGCCGGUAGGGGGAAAGGGGACAGCGGCAGGCAUGGAGGGGGUCGGGAUAAAGACCACCGUGGAGGGGUUAUGUAGGAUUGUGAGCCACACGGUUUGGGAGCAGGUGUAGGUGAGCUGGUCUCGGGAGUCAUGAGAUUGCUGACUACAGUAUGUGGUGAACUCAUCCUUUCCCAUUCAUGCGUUUACUCACAGGACCGUUGAUUAAAUUAAGCCUGUGUUGCCAGCAAUUAAGCCCUAACUGGUUCUUGCAGACAGGUGUUACUUGUUAUUUGCUGGACUGUUUGAUUUAUUUUUGACACUUGAGUCAGAUUUUUUUAAAGAUUACACAUGAAUUGCCAAAUUAAGAAAUAACUAGAUCUUUGAGUUCUGGAGAGUGUAGUGACGCUCACUUUUAUAUUAUUUGUUUUAUUUAAACUCAUUUUAAAACUAAAUAUUGCAUUUUUGUUUUAGUUUAUUUCUGAAAUAGAAUUUUGUUUGGUCAAGUGCAAAUUAAAUAUAUAAAUUUACAUAACUUUUUAAAAUUGCGUUUUACUUUCGUACCAUUAUAUUACAUACAGUAGAUUGUUGUAUUUGUUAUAUUGCUGUUUUACAUUGUAUCUUGAUCCCAAAUCCAAAUGCCUAAACUAUAAGUAUAUUGUAAAGGGGCGUUCUAUUAUCAGAGCAGAAAUCUGGACACAUGUUUUGACCCUGCAUCAGGGAUUUUGGUAGAUUUUAUUUUGUAGAUCUAGAGGUGGGUCAUUACGUGCUUCAUUUACUCUGUUACAUUCACUAAAGAAAUGUAAAUAAAAGGUCUUUAUUUUAAUAAA